CUAAAAAUGGCAUGUUGUUGUAAACCCGGCCGAUCAAAUAAAUCUUCAGUAAGUUGCUUGGGUCGUUGCGACCUUCCGAAACAUCGAUGUUUAAGAAAAUUCGAAGUCAAACCGGGUCCCAUCCCAAAACAUAUGGGAUGGCUCUACACAGCUAAGGAUGCACCAGAACAUCAGUUACGCUGUGGCUGGCGACCGGGACACAUAUCUUGCCAAGUUCUUAAAAGAAUUGAACAACAUAAUUGCAUGAAAUCAAGUGACUGCACACCCUGCCCCUCAAGUUGUUCCAGAACGCCAUGUUCCAAGUCCUGUUGUAUGCCACCGAAAUGUAUAGCGAUAUGCCCCUCAUCUACAUCAUGUUGCAAAACACCUGCAUGUAGCACACAACCCUUAAUAAGGAUCAUAAGACAUGGAGGGCAAUACAGCAUUUGCACGAAGCCUUCAAAUAUCAGCAAUGCACCUUCUGGACCCUAUCCAUUAAAAUAUGUCUUAAAUACAGACGAGAACGACAAUUUACCAACCGCAGCAAAAUUCAGCGUGGAGGCUAAGUUCAACGACUACCAUUUUGAUUACACAAGUUCACAAUCCUCAUUUGUUUUAGACUUUUCGCCUCCAGAACAGAAAUGUAUAAAGCCAUGCACAAAAAAGAGCGUGUUAUGUCUGACGUGUCGCACAGAGAGUAAAGCCUCAUGUAAAAAAACUUGAAUCAUUCUCCAAAUGUAAUUAAAUAAUUAACAAUACCAUUUA